AUGUCAAGCAAGUCCUACGGGGACUGGGCUAAGGUUCUUGUGAAUGACUAUCUGCUUGCGGAUCCAUUUGUCCCUUAUGUUUCUGUACUUGGAGGCAUUUUCGUUUGGAAAAUGGUGCACCCUCUCUCUUUCCAUUCUCACGUCUUGCUAUCAUAAUUAUGUAAUCCUUCUUAUGCCAGCUGUGGUACUCUGAUUAUGACGGGUGGCAUAACUGAGAUGGAAACAGAUGUAGGGUUCUGUGCAUACUUGUCCAAUAUUUUGUGUCAUUCUCUUCCCACAUAUCAUUGAUAGGGCUCACUAGCCUUUUUUGCUGUAUCUGAUGAAGAGAGUGCUAUGUUUAUGAUAAAUAGGAGAUAAGUUUAGAAACUUGGAGUUGUGGAAACUUGCAGCUAACAAAUUUUGUUCUAGGAAGAGAUGAAUGCCUAUGUAAACUUUUGAUAAGGCAUCAUCUCCUUGAGGUGCUGAUGAUCUGCGGGUUAAGAUAGAGUGAACCCUUUUCUGUAUUCUGUGCAUGUGAUUUUUCUGAUUGGAUGGCGAUCCUGAUCAGGAAUAGAUUGGGCUGGGUUGAACUGGUUUUAAAAGAGGGAUUGAAGACAUUAAAAUUUGAAGCUUUUUGUCUCACUGUGAUUUCUUGCUAUGUAAAAAUGAUGGUUUGGAGGAGUUUAUGCAUGAAGAAACCCAUUGUCAUGUUUUUUUAUGGAUUAUUUGUAAGAACACUGCGUCUGAUCUUCUAAAAAUCCACUUUCCCAGGUGUAUGAUCUUACACGCUUACUCAGUCUACACUGCAUAAAGACCUACCCUUCUCUCACUAAAAUUCAACAAACAGAUUGGAACAAUAGGUUGGUAUUUCUUUCUCCAGGGGAAAUGUUUCACUAUGUUCAUCUCUUACCGGAUAUUUUUCAUCUUUCCCAGGGGGAUGUCGAGCAUUCAUGCUUUUUACAUCGCAGGGAUGUCUCUCUACCUGUUAUGCUUCUCGGAUUUGUUCUCUGGUAGUGGUCCUGGAGGACUUGUUGUAUUCAGAAGGUCGCUACUAUCGAAUUGUGCUCUGGGAGUAGGUUCUUGUCCUUUUCAUUUUCAUUUCUGAUGAAACUGGGUGAUGAUUUCUAACCAUCAAUAUAGUGGUGAUCAAUUAUUUUCCGAAAUUACCGAAGAACUUAAUCCCAUUAAUUACUUUGAAGCAAGCUACAAUAAGCCUCUUUGUGACUCUUUUUUAUCAGAAUUUUCAAUAUGUAGGUAUUUUUUUGUCUCUCAGUCAGAGAGUCAGAGCUCGUUGCAAAUCAAGCAUAGAAGGUGAUAAUUCUUGUGAUCAAAUUUUCCUUUGGUAGGUUUCAGUUGGGUAUUUCAUCGUGGACCUUGGAAUGAUACUUUGGUUGUAUCCUUUGCUGGGUGGAAUGGAAUAUGUAAGUUUGAAGUGCAUAAUAUUUAUUAGUUUGUCUUUGAUUGAAAUGUUCUCCUCUAAGUUCUUGAGAGAAAUUCCAGCCAUGAAUAUUUCAUCACCUCUCAUUUCUCAUUUUUGUAUGCUUCGGAUGAAGUUUUUAAUCCUUAAGUUGAAUUCAUCUUAUUAUUUCUGUAAACAUUGUAUGGUUGCCACCGCACUUUUUUUACUGGAUUAAAGAAAAAUAUUCAUCACUUUUCUCAAACUUUUUUUUUUUCAAGUUUUCAUGGGAAACUUUCUUUCUUCCAAAAUAAGAAACACUGAAGGAAUGCUUACUUGCAGGCUUAGUCAUAUUCCGUUUUAUGGUUCGCUCUUAUCAUUUUUUUUGUAGCCUUUCUUUUUAAUUUUUUUGAUACGAAAAUAUAUACUUAUAUUUUUCACUGUGUAUCUCUGAAAAAUAUAAAAUCAACCAAAAUAAAACCACCAGGUAAAUCCCUUUCUUUCCUUGAGGCGUGUAGAUAAAAUAUAUGGGACAGGGAUAGAGAACAUUGCACACCUGCGUCAUCCUCUGCCUGCUAUCUAUAUAUCUGCUAUAGCUACUUUGAUAUCUAUUUUUAAGGAUAUCUUCAGGUGGGUCAAUUUAUGCACCCUCUUCAUUAAAAAGAGCCCCCAUUUCUUGUGUCAGGAGGUACCACGAUGGAUCUUAUAACAUCUCCAAAAUAUUUUCGGGAUUAGAUUGUCUGCAAAAUGCAGUGCAACGCCUGAAAAUAGUUUUUUUCUUUUUGACCGCCCAUGACUGAUUCUCUCUCUUCUCCAGUGCAGCACAGGCGAAGAUAGUGUUUCCUUGAUUUCCCUUUAGUCCAUGAUUCCUGCCAAUCUGCGCAUACUCUGCAAUAAAUUCAAUCAAAGAAGAGUACCUGCCCAUUCAUCAAAGAAGGAUUUUUUUUCCUAAUAUUAUAAAAAAUUGCAGUGCAUUUCAUUGGCCUUUGUCAGCUUCGAAACAAAAGAUUUCAGUUUUUUUUAUAUAACCAUUAAACCCAAAAAAUUUCGUCAUACAAAUUUAAUCACAUUGAAUAAUCUUUCCUUUUCCCCAUCUGCCAACUCAUGCAUGUCUCGUGUACUAGUGAAGAUCUUGAUGGCUUCUGCUUCCAUUAUGAGGACAACACUAACGAAGUACAUAACAGAAAUAACGCUAUGAUAUCAUCCUAAUGAUUCAGAUAGGUUGUCUACAUCAAACUUAACUUGCAAUGAAUGGAGCGUGCACAUAUGCCUUUAAUUGAUUGAUUUCAAUCCAUCAGUUUCAAUGUGGAGUUGUUCAAAUAAUAUAAGUUUUCGACUUUCAAGUUGCAGCAGGUGGUGAUCUGUGGAAUUUUCUUUUUCUGCCCGCAGGUUGUCCAUCAUCUUCUUUCUGUGUCGGCAAUAUCCCACUCUGUGUACUCUGGGGAGGGGCAGUUUUAUGCAUUCUUAGUGCUCAUGUCAGAGAUAACUACUCCUGGGAUUAACUUGAGAUGGUAUCCAUUUACCACUGCUUUCCAUUUGUAGGAUUGCAAUAAUGAGAUGAUUCAGUGACCAUGCAUCUUCUGUUUCUUGAAGGUUUCUUGACACUGCAGGGCUGAAAAAAUCCCCUGCUUAUCUUGUAAAUGGAAUUGCGGUGUUCUUUGCAUGGGCGGUAAGUCAAAUGGAUUGCAUUCAUAACCAAAGUUUCCCCCAGAUCCAACGGAGUAGAUCAAUACACCUGUGGGGAAAGGAUUAGAUAGAACAUAAAUAUGGCUCGAUUGCUAAUUUGGAAUCACAAAAAAUUAACUGAAACCUCAAGUAUAAUGUGGGUAGUGUACUCUGUGUAAUCCUGUUUCAGUUUCUUGGCUGUGCUAUUUGUGAUCUUAGAAUCAAUUCUGACUGCUCCUUUCCUUGCAGGCCGCAAGAAUAUUGUUAUUUGUCUAUCUCUUUUAUCAUCUCUAUCUGCACUAUGAUCAGGCAAGCCGGCUUAUAUAUAUAUUGUUAUUCUCUGUGGAGCCUUUUCCUUUUUUUUUUUAAUAUUGCUCAAGUGAUCCUAGAGAAUUCAGCAGAUAAGAGCAAACAAGAAAGAUUAUCCGAUGUUCUAUCUCCAAACUUAAAUUCACCUUCACUAAUUUAUUUUCAUAAUUUUUUUUCUUUCUAUCUUGAACCAGAAAAAAUAUAUUAAAAAAGUAAACCAUCUGUUACAUGAUUUUCUCCAAAUUUAUUUACCAUAAUUUCCCACAUUCUCUUGUAUCCACCCGUCAAUAAUUCGUAAACCACCAUAGUGUAAUUUCAUGAAUUCACCAUCAUUUGUAGAAAAUUCUCCUUUGACCAACUCAACCUGUACCAAAUGCAUGGGUAUUUAUCCCAACUUUAAUAGACCUUAUCUUGCGUUAAUCAUCAUAUUAUCAUCUUUCAUCGGAUGCUAUUAUUGGAAGUAUAUGUAAGUUACUUGACCACUCCAGGAUUUUCUUUGCACAAUUUUUUUUUUCAGGUUGUGCAGAUGAGCAUCCUCACCUACGUCAUAGUGAUUUCUGUCCCCUCCGCAUUGGCUGUCAUGAACUUGGUUUGGUUUCGAAAGAUUGUAAAAGGGAUGAAGAAAACCCUGGCCAAAAGACAGUGA